GGGAGGGAGGGAGGGGGCCACCCACUGCCUAGCGCCCCCGCCCUGCGGGUGUCUCGCGCACGAUCCGUGCGUGUGAGUGUGUGGGUCAGCCUCGCGCCUAAAGUGCGUGCCCGCGCGCUCGCCUGGCGCUAUUCCCCUCUCCUCGCCCCCUCCGGGUCCUCCCACCGCACUCGGCUCCCUCCUUCCCAGCAAACGCCGCCCCUCCCGCUCUCUGGCUCCGGCUCUGGCGCCGCCGCAGCCGUCGCCGCCGGAAAGUUCAGGAGCCCUGGAAAGGACAAGGAAUAAGACGACAGGAGGAAGAGAGAGAGAGGGGGGAUAUUAUGAUGAGAUCCUCCUUUCCUUUACUCUCCAGCCUGAUUCUCUACUGCAUUUCCACCACAGCCGCCACCCUUGUCGAUUUCAUGCCUCUCAGCUAGAAGGUUUUAUGAAAAUUCAGAGUGUUGUUCAAUAGAGCAAAAAAUGUGAUGAGACUUCUGGAGAAGGACCAGGAACACCGUUACAUUUAGAGUUUUAAGCUUACUUGUCAUCCGCCUACAGAGGAGAACUUGAACUCUUAGAGGUAUAGUGUUUGAGAACUGCAGAGGAGUCUGGUAAUGUGUAGAAUGGAAGAAUCUCACUUCAAUUCUAACCCGUACUUCUGGCCUUCCAUCCCCACGGUCUCAGGACAGAUUGAGAACACGAUGUUCAUCAACAAGAUGAAGGACCAGCUGUUGCCAGAGAAGGGCUGUGGGCUGGCUCCACCCCACUACCCCACCUUGCUGACAGUGCCUGCCUCGGUGUCCCUGCCCUCGGGCAUCAGCAUGGACACAGAGUCCAAGUCAGACCAGCUGACCCCACAUAGCCAGGCGUCCGUUACGCAGAAUAUCACGGUGGUCCCCGUGCCGUCGACAGGACUGAUGACCGCUGGAGUCUCCUGUUCUCAGAGGUGGAGAAGAGAAGGGAGUCAAUCAAGGGGUCCCGGCUUGGUUAUCACAUCCCCCUCAGGCUCCCUCGUGACCACAGCCUCGUCAGCCCAGACCUUCCCCAUUUCGGCUCCCAUGAUUGUCUCAGCUCUUCCCCCUGGCUCACAAGCCCUGCAGGUGGUCCCUGACCUCUCUAAGAAGGUAGCAUCGACCCUAACAGAGGAAGGAGGCGGCGGCGGCGGUGGCGGUGGCACUGUGGCCGCUAAGCCCCCCCGGGGCCGAAAGAAGAAGCGGAUGCUGGAAUCGGGGCUGCCCGAGAUGAACGACCCUUACGUCCUCUCCCCUGAGGAUGACGAUGACCAUCAGAAAGACGGCAAGACCUACAGGAGCGAAGGGAACUGCGGCACAGGAAAUGGACAGAGCCUUGGGCUCAUGGAUUCAGUUCCCGGCUCCACCACGAACUUGCUGUGUGACCCUGGGCAAGUCCUUUCCCCCUCUCUGGGCCUCAGUUUCCUCAUCUGUAAAAUGGGGAGAAUUCUGUUUAUGCCUCCCAGUUGUUGGGAGUAUAUAUCAAAUGAGAUUUGAAAUGUUGGGAACUUC